AUGUGGUCUUCUCUAGUUUUUGUGUGGGGUGAAGAGCAACGCCAUACGUAUGUAUUGGAUAGUUUAGAUGUUUUCCAUUUGCCAAGAAACUUUGGCUGUGGAUUUAGGAUGGAUUCUCAAAUUAAACAUGCAGUGGUGAUGAAAAUUAUGGGUAGGACUGGAUCGAGGGGGCAGGUGACUCAGGUUAGAGUCAAGUUCAUUGAUGAUCCAAAUCGGUUUAUCAUGAGGAAUGUGAAGGGACCUGUGAGAGAAGGGGAUAUUCUCACUUUGCUUGAGUCUGAAAGAGAGGCUAGGAGGCUCCGCUGA